UGUAAAUUUACGCAUAAAUUUACGGUUCAUGUAGCACCACCUAAUACUUUUUGGAGUUUGGCGCGUGCCUCAAGCGAAAGUUGUUCUGCGAUUUCGGAGCCAAUUUUUGUACCUUUCCUCAAUGGAUCGACCACAACUAAUGGUCGAUUUAGUUUGCUGUAGUUUAUAAGUCGCAGCUUGAUAAGCGUUUUAGUGGAUUACUGCAAGUGGUGCGAUAAAAAUUAAGUUUUUCGUGUUCAAAAAAUGCACUAGGCAAGCUGCAGCAGAACCGCGCUUCCUUUAAAAUGAGCACCCACAGAGCAUGCCCUUUCGACUGCCAAAGCGACGCAACGUAGAACCGGUCCUGCAAAUUCUGGCCCAGCUGAUUGACGAUCAAUCCGAUAUAUCUUCCAUUUCGGUGCAAAUGGGAGGCUUAUAUCGCGUUCCGGCCGACAGUCUGGAGCCCCAUGGCGCGGUCAAACAGAGCAGCAGCCGAUUGCCGGUUCGGACUCGCGGACUCCGGCGGAAACUUCGGGACCACGGUCUACCCAUGACGCACGCUGGAACCGUCGUAGGUCGCAGCAAAAGUGUCGAUGAUCUCACGGCCGGUGUUGUUGCAUCGGACGAUGACGAACAGGAGGGUAAACCGAAUGGCACAGCUGCAGCGACCGAUAAGAGGCUCGAUCAUCUAGAGCGGACGCUUCGUUCGAAAGAGCAACAAAUUGGCAAGCUGGUCGAGAAGCUGACCUCCGUCUUCGAAUGCAACAAUCAGUUCGCGAUCGAGCAUGAACGAUUACAGAAGGACUACCAGCAGGUCGUGCAGAACCUGCACACACUGGAAACGACUCAGGCCAAGAGCUGUGAACGCUGUGCCGCUAACGAUACCGCAACCGAGCUGCUGACGAAGGAAAAUGGCGACCUUAGGAAUGACUUGAAGAUGAUGAAAAUCCUGGUGUAUCGGUUGAACGUGCAGAUCGAACGGUACCAGGAUACGGUACGCGAAGGCCAGGGUAACAUACCGAAGCUUGACUUUGUCGACAGUACCUAUGGCGGUGUGAAGGACAAUCUUAACUGGGGAUCGGUGAAUGCGCAUACGCUCGGUCCACUGUUGAACGCGUAUGAAGAGAUGAUCGCCGAAAAGACGGAUUUGGUACAGCAAUACGAAACGGAGCUCGUUACCUUCACCGGCAAGUUGAAGCAGGUGCUAGAAGAGAAUGAAUCUCUGCAGCGCCAAAUGGAGGAGGUACGUGCGUCCCAGACGGGCUGGACGGACGAAAGGACGCGACUGCAGGCGCAGGUUAGCGUGCUGCGAAGUAAGGCCGAGGUGCAAGCUAAACGGGCCGAUCUAGCGAAGGAAAAGCUCGUCGAGGUGCUGAAAUGUUACGAACAGAAGGUACAAGCUCAGUGUCUGGACAUUGAGCGACUUCAGGAAGCGUACGCUCGCAGCAAAGGAGAGCUGACUAUGCUACGAAACCUUAACCAAAACCCGGAAAUAGUAGCUGAUAGCUUAAAAGAAUGUCAAAAACUCUUUGCAGAGCUCAAGUUGCAGCACAGUACCGAUCGCACACGGAUGACGGAAGAAACCGAAACGAUUCGACGCGAGUUACAACAAAAGACAGCCGAAUUAGACCAACUGCAGCAGAACUAUCGGCAGCAGCUGGGCAUUUCCGAGCGCCAGAAAGAAAUUAACGAGAUUCUGAUGGGAAAGAAUGGAGCCCUCAAGCAGACGCUCGAGCGCACGAGACAAUCGAAGGAGAUCCUUAAACAGCGACUCAAAACGAUGAUCAGCUGGGGUAAAGGGUCGGAGCAACGGAAGGAUCAGCUGCAGGAAAGCUGGCGUACGAUCCGUGCACUGCAAGAGCAGCUGCAGCACCGGGAUGGUGAAUUGCAAGCUUUGCAGCAGCGGUUCCAGCUCGAGGUUGAGCAACUGCAGCGACGCCUUCGACAGCGGGAGGAAACUUUGCGCAAGAUAUUGGCCGAUAAGGCACAGAUUCACAGGCGCCUCUGAUGAUGCCGUGCGUGGAGCAAUCGUUUCUUCGUUUUCUCUUAGUAUUUACCUUCCUUCUAGAUCUGUUACCACUCCGCCUUUCUGCCACACUGCCUAUUAGGUAGAAUAGAAUCGAAAUAAAUGUAAAU